CUCGUUCAGCCUUUCCCUCCCGCCUCCUCACCCACCUACUCGAGAGCAGCCAACCCCGCUCAUCACCCAACCCACCAUGAUGCGCUUCAUCCUCGCCAUCUCUGCCCUCUUCACCGCCCUCGUCUGCACCGUCGCGGCCACCACCGUGCGCUACGACCCCGCCUAUGACGACGCGGGCGCCUCGCUUGCUAACGUUGCCUGCUCCGACGGCGACUACGGGCUGCUCACGCGCGGGUACUCCACGUACGGCUCGCUGCCCAACUUCCCGCACAUCGGGGCGAUGGGCGGCGUGUACCACGCCUCGCCGCAGUGCGGGACGUGCUGGCAGCUGUCGUGGACGGACGAGUUCGGGACCACGCGCUCGAUUGCGGUGACCGCGAUUGACCAGGCGGGCGACGGGUUCAACAUCGCGCAGACGGCGCUCGAUGAGCUCACGGGCAACCGCGCGACGGAGAAGGGGUCCGUCGACGCGUCGGUGACUCAGCUGGAUGCCAGCGCGUGCGGCCUCUAAGCAACGGCGCACGCUCACCUUAUUACGCUUAGCAACGCACACGCGCUCAUCGGACUUCUACACACAAGAAAUCCCACAAUUGCAUAGGAUUGGACUGGUUACGGACUUCACUGGACUUGCAUGGACUUCACGAUUUGUUGUACCCGCUUUGUUGUUGUCGAGGGUGUCUUGUUGCUGUUGUAUGAGUAAUGUUGAACACAUUCAUUGGUUGACUGGCUUC